AUGGUUUUGAAUAUAACUUCGGAGGAGUUCGCUACUAUGAAGUACAUCAUCGUGGAUAAAGAGGGCAACUAUCUCGGCAACGAUAGCGACGAUCUCGAUACUUCGAAUUUUCGACGGGAUAAUAUCUUGUAUAGAUUAAAAACGAUCGACGAUUCAAACCCCCAUCAGAACUACAUGAUUACCCAGAAGUCUGGGACAGUGGUCACAUGUCCAGGAACGACGACAUCUGGGCUCUCGGUGGGGUUUUCAUGGUCAAUUUCCGGCGGGAUAACAGCCGCCUUCUUCAACGCUGGAUUUUUCGUCAGUGAGUCGACGACGGUCACAAACUCGGCAAGCUUCGAUUGUGCCUCUGACACAGACGCAAUUUGUGUUCUAUUCUACCAAGCGGUGACUGCCUAUACCGUUAUGGUGCAGGAAGGAGGCUUUGGGGGGUUCGGCUUCGUCGAGUGGUACGAUCAAGGGACGACAGUUAUAUAUGCUCCUAAUUCCGGCUCUAUGGGUGCUACUACAGGACGUGGCAUAAACGUUGAAGCGCGGAACGUCAUACAGUGCUGGGGAGACGAAGAUAGAACCGUGCUAUAUUCCUGUGGUCCACCCGGAGAUGCUGAUUAUUGGGACAAUAAGGAUCCUGGCCCCUGGAAUUCUGAUUAUGUGACUAAUAGAGAACCGGCUGGAUGUGAUAUUCCUAUCGAGGCAUUUAAUUUCGCUGAUUGA